CCUUUUCAUUUUUUCUUGUUCUAGAUUCAGAUGUUGGAUACCCCUCGAGCAUAGUCUCUCUCUUUUUCUUUUUUUUUUUGUAGAUUUAUUAUCAUCACGAAGAACAAUUCCUUUUUGGCCACUGAUUGUUUGUUUGUGAAUUAUUUGUCGGGGAUAUAAAUAGAGGUAUAGCUGCUGCUGCUGCUGUAAUCUUGUUAGCGGCGAUUUUAAACAGGCAAGGGCGUUGAAUCGAGAAGGAGCACAAUCGGUCUUUUCCUGCGUUUAGGAUCGAUCCGCUGUCCAGGCCGCCGUUCUUCUUCAUCCAUUCACUGCAGCGCCAAAAGCUGAUUGGCUUAAUUCCCUAGUCAUGCCUUGUUUCUCUUGCUUUUUUAGAAAGCAAAGUGCGGCCCAGAGGCAUCGGAGUGUUCAAGAACUAGCUGGCAUGGAAGAUGUAAUAAAGAUAUACUCCUACAAUGAACUGAGACAAGCUACUCAAGAUUUUAGUCUCGCCAAUAAAAUUGGUGAAGGUGGUUUUGGUUAUGUUUUCAAGGGGAAGCUUAAAGAUGGAUUGGUUGUUGCCAUAAAGGUGCUCUCCAGUGAGUCGAAACAGGGAGUUCAGGAGUUCCUGAAUGAGCUUAAAACAAUAGCUAAUGUUGUUCAUGAGAAUUUGGUUAGAAUCUAUGGCUGCUGUGUGGAAGAAGAUUACAGAAUCCUAGUGUACAAUUAUGUUGAAAAUAACAGCCUAGCGCAAACACUUCUUGGUAGGGGUCACAGCAACAUUCAAUUCACCUGGAGGACUAGAUGCAAUAUAUGCAUUGGGGUUGCUCGUGGCCUGGCAUUUCUACACUACGAAGUCAAACCUCCUAUCGUGCACCGAGAUAUAAAGGCCAGUAACAUUCUUCUCGAUAAGAAUUUGAUUCCGAAAAUCUCAGACUUCGGUUUGGCUAGGCUCAUGCCCGAAAAUGUGACCCAUGUCAGCACUAGGGUUGCAGGGACAAUUGGCUACUUGGCACCUGAGUAUGCAUUACGAGGGCAGUUAACAAGGAGAGCAGAUGUUUACAGCUUUGGUGUUCUUCUAUUAGAAAUAAUUAGUGGAAGAUCUAAUGUAAAUACAAGAUUGCCAGAUGAAGAUCAAUUUCUUCUUGAAAGGACAUGGGCACUGUAUGAGCGUGGAGAGCUGCUGCAGAUUGUAGACACCUUCCUUGCCAAUGACUUCGACGUCAAAGAGGCAGACCGGUUCUUGAAAGUUGGCUUGUUGUGCACACAAGACAACCCCAAAUUGCGUCCGCCAAUGCCAGCAGUUGUCAUGAUGCUGCUCGGCGAGAGGGAAGUCCUCCAGAAGAUCAAUAAGCCUGGCCUGAUAUCAGACUUCAUGGAGCUGAAAGUUAGACAGCAGAAUUCAAAUACUCUUGCUUCAGAUUCAGGCGCAUCAUCAUCUAUUACAACAAAUAUUUCGACGACCUUCACUUCGGCAGUUGAUCAUGUCUGAGGCAAACAACUUCAUUCUAUUACAACAACCAUGUUUUGCUCUAAGAAAAAAAAUCAUUGCUAGGAGAAGAUUUCUCUAAUUUUCUGCAGUCAAAUUCAAUUGAAUGUGAGAUAACCUGUUAUGAGAAAGUUAAGGAAAUUCACAUGAAUAAAUCUUGUUUUUGUUGAGUGCAUUGGAGGUUAAAGCCCUACAGCUUCCUUAUAGUUACAUGAACAAGCUGUCUGUAAUAGUGCUUACUUGUUCUCUUUAAAUAUGUACAUUUAGCAUCUUAACAUUUUGUCUCAUUCUAGAUUGGAGAAAUAAAAUAUUUUUAUUUAA